AUGGGUAGAAGUAGGAGUAGAGAUAGGGAAAGAGACAGACAUGAUCAUAGACAUAGAAGUAAAAGUAGGAGUAGAGAUAGAGAGAGGGAUAAGCAUAGACAUAGGCAUAACGAUGAUGAAAAAAGUAGGGUAAAGGAAACCGAUAGAGGUAGAGAUAAAGAAAGAAGUAAAAGUAAAAGUAAAAGUAGAAGUAGGAGCAGAGAUGUACAUAAGAGAAAGCAUAGUAGGUCAAGAUCAAGGUCAAAGUCAAAGUCUAGAUCAAGAUCUAGAUCGAGAAGUAUAGAUAGAAAACAUCAUCGAUAUGAUAAAGAUAGACUAAGAAGUAGAUCUAAUAGUAGAUCGAGAUCAACCUCUAGAGGUAAAGAUAGAUCAACAAAGAGACAUAAAAAACAUAGAGGAGGAGGACGUGAUAGAAGUAAGAGUAGAUCAAGGUCAAGAUCAAGACAAAGAAGUAAAGAAAGAAAGAAUAGACAUCGUCAUAGAAGUAGAUCUUCAUCUUCAUCAACCUCAUCAUCUUCUUCUUCAAGUGAAGACCAAGCUGAAAGAAAAAAAAGAAAAGACAAAAGAAAAGAGGAAAAGAAGAAGAGACGUGAAGAGAGAAAAUCAAAAGAUAAAGCUAGAAGUAGAGAUAAAGUGAAAGAAAAAGUGAAAGAGAAAGAUAAAGAGAAAGAGUCAAAAGAUAAUAGUUCAAAAUCGAAUAAUAAAAUAACAACUCAACAACAACAACAGCAACAAACUUCACAACCUACAAAAAGAGUGAUGGGGCCAAUGUCAAAUGAAGACUAUGAAACACUUAGAAAUACUACUUAUGAAAAAUAUGAUGAAGACACUGGAAGAGUAAGAGUAUAUAGAGGUACAGGUGAACUUAUUGAACGAAUUGUAACGAAGGAACAGCACAAAGCAAUAAAUUAUAUUGCUACACAUCAUCCCGUAUGA